AUGGCUCUAGCUCAUAAGUACAUAGACGAGGAAGAGAUGAACGCAACGAAAGAUUCUGAGCGAAGGGAACGCGAACAAUUGUCUAGGCAACCAUAUGAUACAAGAGAAGGUGGAGGGAGUAAGCCAAAACAAGAAAAACCCAGAGAGCCAAAGUAUCAGCUUAAGUACCACAACUACACUCCGUUGGCCAUAUCACGCGAGAAGGCACUGAUGAUGGUCGAAAAUGCAGAUGUUCUGAAAUGGCCAAGGUUCCACCGCGAGAGGGGGCACAAUACGGAGAAAUGCUUCCAGCUUAAGAAUGAGAUUGAGAGGUUGGGGGUUCGAGCUCGGGAGACUCGAACAGGACCAGGAAAAGAUGCGCUGGAACCAUACACUCGAACAGAGCUGAAAGUCGAGGAGGAAGAGGCCAUUUCCUUUAACAACUCAGACAAGUCAGAAGAAAACGGGGAGAUGAAUGAUCCAAUGGUCGUCAAACUAGACAUAGCAAACUUCACCGUCCACAAAGUGUUGGUAGAUAGUGGGAGCUCCGCGGAUAUCAUCUUAAAAAUCGUGCUCGAUAAAAUGGGUCUAGAGAACAUUCGUUUGGAACCAGUGAAAACCCCAUUGGUCGGUUUCGGUGGGAGCGAAGUAGCAUCCUUAGAAAUGAUCGAGCUGCCAGUGUCUAUGGGAGAUGAACCUAAACGAAAAACUAUGAUGGUGAAAUUUUUGGUGGUAGACACCCCGUUCACGUACAAUGUGAUCUUGGGUACACCCGGCUUGAAUUUGUUUAGGGCCGUCAUCUCCACCUAUCACAUGAAAAUGAAGUUCCCUACGGAUAAUGGGAUAGGAGAGGUAGCCAACGACCAGAGAGAAGCUCGGAGAUGUUACAAUUUGUCGCUGAGGAAGGAACCCGGACAAAAGAGGAGAAGGAUGGGGGAGGACGCAGAGCCCAGACCGUACGAAGCCGAGCACAUGAAGCCUAGCGACGAUUACAAGAGCGUGCAGCUCGAACCGAGCAAACAAGGAAAGUCCACUAGGAUCGAAGCGAACUUGGGAGGCAGCGAGAUGGCCCUGAUCGAAUUUUGA